AUUCACUUACAUGUUUUAAUGGAGGUGAGUGUGUUUACAGAGGUCUGUGCAACUGCAGUAGAUUUAAUGCGACGGGACCGAGAUGCCAGACAGGUGAAUAAUGAUCCUGAAUGCCAUUCUUCUCCUUAUUCCUGCAAACGGUCCAUUAGUUUAUUCUUUUCUGGAGAUGAACAGAUAAAGAUAAGCAGUGAAGUCACCUAUAAAGGAUUUGGAGUACAAUUACCUUAUGUUAUUGGAAACGUACAUAUCCAGAAACUAGCUGGGUACUUCCUAAUCAGGCACCAGUAUGCCUUUACUCUGGCUUGGGAUGGUACAUCUGCAGUGUAUAUCAAAAUGGCACCAGAGUACCUGGGCAAAACACGUGGACUAUGUGGAAAUAAUAAUGCUGUUCUGCAGGAUGAUCUUGAAACUAGUUAUGUCAUUACCUGUCCUGAACCCUUGACCUUCAAUGAAUGCAUCAACUGUUGCCCUGUUUCAUGUCAUCAACAAUCACAGUGCAUUGACAGUGAGCUUUCCUGCAUUGAUGGAUGCUACUGUCCAGAUGGCUUAAUUUAUGAAAAUGAAUUGUGUGUCAAGCCUAUGGACUGUCCCUGUGACUACCAUGGAAGUUCCUUUGAAAGGGGUUCAGUGGUUUAUGAGGAAUGUAAUAACUGCACUUGCAUUGGAGGAAAGUGGAUCUGUACAAAUCUUACGUGUCCGGCUGAAUGCUCAGUUUCAGGAGACACUCAUUUCAUGACGUUUGAUGGGCGCAAAUACACUUUCCAAGCUACCUGUCAAUAUAUUCUGGCAAAGAGCCGAACGUCUGGAGCAUUUACCGUAUCCUUGCAAAAUGCUCCUUGUGGACAGAACCAGGAUGGAUCAUGUAUCCAAUCAGUCAGCCUUAUUCUUAAGCAGGACCCCAAGAGGCAAGUGACUCUGACUCAUUCAGGAGAUGUUUUGAUAUAUGACCAGUACAAAAUUAACCUGCCUUAUGCAGAUGAGCUAUUUGAAAUACGGAAACUUUCCUCUGUAUUUCUUCAAGUAAAGACACACAUUGGAUUACAGAUCCUGUAUGACAGAGAAGGACUGAGGCUUUACCUUCAAGUGGAUGGACGGUGGAAAGAUGAUACUGCAGGCCUUUGUGGAACCUUCAAUGGAAAUACAGAGGAUGAUUUUUUGUAUGAAUAGCUGCAAGAUUUCUAUUUGGCAGUAUAUGAAUAUCUACAGUUAGAGUGGUAGAUCAAGUGUGUACUG